CAUUACUGCAGGAAGAUGUUUCUGUGGCUUUUUCUCUUUCUCUCCACCCCAAUUUCCUCCACCAACCCCCCAGAUUCAGACCUCUCACUGGAGAUUUGCAAUGUCUGCUCUUGCCUGUCAGUGGAAAAUGUGAUGUACGUGAAUUGUGAAAAGGUUGCAGUCUAUAGACCCAACCAGCUAAAACCACCACUGUCUAAUUUCUACCAUCUGAACUUUCAAAACAACCUACUUAUCAUUCUAUAUCCUAACACCUUCCUUAAUUUUACACAUGCUGUGUCCCUGCAGUUGGGCAACAAUAAACUGCAGAAUAUUGAGGGAGGAGCUUUCCAGGGACUUAGUGCAUUAAAACAGUUGCACUUGAACAACAAUGAAUUAAAGGUCCUACGAGCUGACACUUUCCUAGGCAUUGAGAACUUGGAAUAUCUCCAGGCUGACUACAAUUUAAUCAAGUAUAUUGAACGGGGAGCUUUCAAUAAACUGCACAAACUGAAAGUCCUUAUUUUAAAUGACAAUCUGAUUUCUGCUCUUCCUGAUAAUAUUUUUCGAUUUGCCUCCUUAACUCAUUUAGAUAUCAGAGGAAAUAGGAUUCAGAAAAUGCCUUACAUUGGUGUUUUGGAACAUAUUGGGAGAGUGGUGGAGUUGCAGCUAGAAGAUAAUCCUUGGAAUUGUACAUGUGAUUUGUUGCCCUUGAAAGCUUGGCUGGAGAACAUGCCAUAUAAUAUCUACAUAGGAGAGGCCAUAUGCGAGACACCGAGUGAUUUAUACGGCAGAUUAUUAAAAGAGACAAAUAAACAAGAAUUAUGCUCCAUGGGUACAGGUAGUGAUUUUGACGUAAGGAUUUUGCCUCCUUCUAUUGAGUCAACGUUUACUACCCCUGGAGGAAACACAGCACAGACCUCACUACAUAGGCUGGUCACAAAAGCACCCAAAACAACCAAUCCUUCUAAAAAUUCCGGCAUAGUAUCUGGCAAAUCUGUCUCCAACCACACUCUUAGCCAGAUAGUGUCAUAUCAAACAAGGGUUCCCCCCCUUUUCCCCUGCCCAUCACCUUGUGUCUGUAAAACUCACCCUUCUGAUUUAGGAUUAAGUGUAAAUUGUCAGGAAAGGAACAUUGAAUCAAUGGCUGAGCUGAUUCCCAAACCUUUAAAUGCCAAAAAAUUGCAUGUCAAUGGUAAUUACAUCAAACAGAUCGACAUUUCUGACUUUGUUGAUUUUGAAGGAUUGGAUCUGCUUCAUUUAGGCAGCAAUCAGUUAACAUUAAUUCAAGGUAAUGUUUUCAGAAAUCUCACCAAUCUUAGGAGAUUAUAUCUAAACGGUAAUCAAAUUGAACGUCUCAGCCCUGAGAUUUUUAAUGGUUUGUAUAACCUUCAAUAUCUCUAUUUGGAAUACAAUGUAAUAAGGGAAAUAUUGGGAGGAACAUUUGAUUCUAUGCCAAAUCUCCAACUACUUUACCUAAACAACAACCUCCUUAGAAGCUUGCCAGCGUACAUCUUUUCUGGAGUGCCCCUGGCAAGGCUUAAUAUAAGGAAUAAUCAUUUCAUGUUUUUACCUGUAAGUGGCGUGCUUGACCAGCUGAGGUCUCUCACGCAAAUUGAUCUGGAAGGGAAUCCAUGGGACUGCACUUGUGAUUUGGUGGCUUUGAAGCUGUGGCUAGAAAAACUUAGUGAAGGCAUUGUCAUGAAAGAAGUGAAAUGUGAAACUCCUGUUCAUUUUGCAAGUAUGGAACUGAGGACACUGAAAAAUGAAAUCCUGUGUCCCAAACUGAUAAACAGACCCCCUACUCAAUAUACAAGUCAUAUUCCUGUGGUUACUUUUACUACCCCUCUAGGUCCUAUCAAAAGUCCACCAGGUGGGCCUGUACCUUUGUCAAUACUUAUUCUUAGUAUUUUAGUUGUGCUUAUUUUAACUGUGUUUGUGGCCUUUUGUCUCCUUGUUUUUGUUUUGAGACGUAACAAAAAGCCUUCAGUAAAACAUGAAGGGAUUGGAAAUCAGGAAUGCAACUCCAUGCAGCUUCAAUUAAGAAAGCACGAUAGAAAAGCUCUUAAAAUGGAUGGUAUCAACGCAGAAACAUUCUUUCCACAGACCAUUGAACAGAUGAGCAAGAGCCACACUUGCGGAAUCCAGGAAUCUGAAGCAGGGUUUUCAUUUUCUUCUGAUCAUCAUGGCCAAAAGGUGAUUUUAAGGAACAUUAGCGAAAAAGAUAAAGAAUUAUUGCAUGGGGAUUCUAGAAAGAGACUUAGCACAAUUGAUGAACUGGACGAAUUUUUUCCAGGAAGAGAUUCAAAUUUAUUUAUCCAGAAUUUUUUAGAAAGUAAAAAAGAAUAUAAUAGCAUAGGAGUCAGUGGUUUUGAAAUACAUUACCCAGAGAAGCUACAAGACAAAAAAUGCAAGAAAUCGUUAAUUGGUGGAAACCACAGUAAAAUUGUAGUAGAGCAAAGAAAAAGUGAAUAUUUUGAACUUAAAGCAAAACUUCAGGGCACACCUGAUUACUUACAAGUCCUUGAAGAACAAACAGCUUUGAGUAAAAUGUAG